UCGUGUUGUUUUUCAGCUCUACAUUGUUGGGGGAUCUUUUGGACUCCGUGAGUUUGCUCAGAUAAGAUAUGAUGUCCACAAACUACAUGGCAAGGUGCACAAAAGAAAGUUGCUGCCCACUGGAUGAGACUGCACAUGGCCCCGUUCAGCCCGGCCUCACAUGCCUCCAGGGCUGGGGCACUUUGUUAGCCUGCCAUUGUGAUGCGGAGGGUCAUUCUGGUCCCAGUGCUGCUGACUUGCAGAAGGUUGAUCCUGCUUUGAAGGAAAAAUUGAAGCAGAACAAUGUGACGUUGGAGUCUGAAUAUAAGAAAUUGGAAAAAUCUGACUUCGAUAACUGGGAGAACAUCAGAGGACCCCAGCUGUGGGAAGAUUCCAGGACUGUUCAGAAGCAGCGGCGGGAGGCUGCCCGUCUCAAGACAGAGUGAUUGAGCAAGCCUGCUUUGCUGCCUACAGAACCAAGUCUCAGGCUGGACUACAUUAUUUCCUAAUCCUGCAUCAGGAACAGAUUUGGGAUGGAGGAAUUGCCGUGAGCAAUUCAUGCCAAUGUGUAUAUAACUAAAUGUGAGAUCAAACCAAAAAGCACUAUGUUGUAUGAAGCUUUUUGUUUGCUUCCAUUUGCACAGAAUUGCACAGGCUGUAUAUGAGAGUUCUCAAUUAAAAAAA